UCAAAAUGGGUCGUCGUCCAGCUCGUUGCUACAGAUACCAGAAGAACAAGGCUUACCCCAAGUCUCGCUUCUGCCGUGGUGUCCCUGACCCCAAGAUCCGCAUCUACGAUUUGGGUCGUAAGAAGGCCGGUGUUGACGAGUUCCCUCUCUGCGUCCACUUGCUGUGCGACGAGAAGCAGCAGAUCACGUCCGAGGCUCUCGAGGCUGGACGUAUUUGCGCUAACAAGUACAUCUCCAAGAACUCCGGAAAGGACUCCUUCCACAUGCGUGUCCGUCUCCACCCCUUCCAUGUCCUGCGUAUCAACAAGAUGUUGUCCUGCGCCGGUGCUGAUCGUCUUCAGACCGGUAUGCGUGGUGCCUACGGUAAGCCCAUGGGUACCGCUGCCCGUGUCGACAUUGGUCAGGUCAUCUUCUCGAUCCGUACCAAGGAUAACAACAAGGCCAUCGUCAUUGAGUCUCUCCGCCGUGCCAAGUUCAAGUUCGCUGGUCGUCAGAAGAUCAUUGUCUCCAAGAAGUGGGGCUUCACCAAGCUCUCUCGCGAGGACUACGUCACCGAGCGUGCCGCUGGCCGUCUCCAGCCCGAUGGCUGCUACGUCAAGUACUUGAACGAGAAGGGUCCCCUCUCCAGCUACUUUGAGAAGACCCUCCGUGCUCAGGCUUAAACAGAAUUAUUAAAAACCUGUAGGGAUGACGGAUAACAUUUGCGCGCGAACCAAAAGAAAUAACGACCAAUGUCCCCUUUUGUUAUGUUUCUUGUCGUAAACGUUGUUUUCGUUCUUGUCUUACUUUUCUGAACCCAAGAACAAAUAAAUCAGAUCUUUAUUGAUCUUGUUUUGUUGAAUGCGGCGGAUGUUGGACAGUGUCGCGAUUGAACACAAUAGCAAAGCACAUUCGUACAGGCAGCAUCUAGAUGUUUCAGGUUCCCGAUGUCGUAGUAACGCGGCCCUUCUGAAUUCAGUGCAAUGGAAUAAAUAUCGG